UUUAACAUGGUAUCAGAGCAAGGUUAAGGAUUUAGUAUUUUUUUCGCGUCACCAGCGGGCGGCAACCUCGCCUUGGCCGCCCGCCGGACCUCAACCUAGUCCGCUAGAAUUUUGCUACACAUACAUUCACUCCGCUGCCACAAAUUAUUUGAUCUUCUUGUUGCUACUGCUAACAAAUUCCAUGUCCACCGGAGCACCGCUCGGCGCCUCCGCCUACACAAACCUCCACGUGGUGGGGGACCUGGUGGCGCUGCUGGACGCCGUCGCGCAGGACCAGGACAAGGUGUUCGUAGUCGGCCCUGACUGGGGUGCGAUCAUCGCUUGGGCUCUCUGCUUGUAUAGACCUGACAAAGUGACAGCGUUGGUGAACAUGAGUGUUGUAUUCACUCGCAGAAGCCCUAAGUGGAAGCCCCUUGCGGCCUUGCAUGCCACUUAUGGAAACGACUACUACAUUUGCAGAUUUCAGGAACCUGGAGAAAUAGAAGCUGAGUUUCCUGAGAUGGGUACUAAAAGAGUUCUGAAGAAUUUUCUGACCUAUCGUAAUCCUGGUCCACUGUUUCUGCCUAAGGGCAAAGGCUUUGGAGAUUCACCUGAUACUCCAAUUGCCCUUCCCUCUUGGUUGUCCGAAGAAGAUGUUGAUUAUUAUGCUACCAAAUAUGAGCAGACUGGCUUUACUGGAGGUUUGAAUUAUUAUCGAGCUUUGGACCUAACCUGGGAACUGGCAGCACCAUGGACCGGGGUUCAAGUAGCAGUACCGGUUAAAUUCAUAGCGCCGAGUCUCUCUUCAAUCUCUGCAUGCAAACACACCCUCAAAUCCAUUUCAGAGCUCGCUUCUUCGAUCUUGCCUGACGGUGGCUGGCCGAAGCUCUUGCCGUUUAUGUUCCAGUGCGUCACGUCGGACAAUCCGAAGCUUCGCGAAUCGGCGCUGUUGAUUUUCGCGCAGUUGGCGCAGUACAUAGGGGAAACCCUAAUUCCUCAUUUGGAUACUCUGCACACUGUGUUUAUUCAGUGUUUGCUCUCUACUCUCACAUUCUCUCUCUCUCUCGGCUAGAAGAGGAAGGGAAUAAAAUAAAAUCAGAGGCGAGGUGGUGAGAGGAUGAUCUGCAAAGAUGGAUAUACAAAAAUAAAUAAAGACACAGGAGGGACUUGACCCUCUUCUCUCUCUCUCCACUUUAUCACAUGGGUUUUGUCCCCUCUUUUCGUUUCUUUUUUAUUUUACUAUUAUCUACCCACUCUUCUUUUCUUUAAACAUAAAACCCUCUCUCUCCUCAUUCAUUUUAUUAUUAUUAUGUACAUACUCAGAAUCCAAAACCCCACACACACAAACACAUAUAUAUUUUGCUUUCUUUUCAUUAGUUUAUACAUUUUGUUUCCUUCACCAUUUUUCCGUAAGAAAGAGAAAGGGGCACACCCAAUUUACUUUUCUUUUUUAAUCACACCCAUCCACCGCCCAAAUUUUAUUUUUUAUUAUAAAACUUAAUUGGUGCUCUCGAUUCACCCUGUUCCCCACUCCAUCCUUUAUUAUUUUUAUUCAUUAUUAUAAAUUCAUAUCAUCACCAUGCUUAUCAUUUCA